UUCAUGAACACAACCCUUCGUCGUAGUAGGAUUCUGGGCGGGGUUUGCAUUCCAGCCCGCACACCUGGACAGGAGAUCUGUUUCACUUUCCAAAGGGAAAAUCCUCGGGAACUCACUUAGUUGUGUUUCAGGCAGAAUCAUGGCCUCGGCCGGUGAACAUGGACACACCUGGGAACUCAGCAUUCAGGUGGACCAGCGGGAGGGAGACGAGGGCAUGAGGUUUAAACUGCGGGUCAAAGGGGAUCUGCACGUUGGCGGACUCAUGCUCAAACUGGUGGAGAAGAUCAAGGCUCCUCAGGACUGGUCAGAUCAUGCCAUCUGGUGGGAGCAGAAGAGCUGCUGGCUGCUGAAGACUCACUGGACUCUGGAUAAAUACGGGAUCCAGGCGAACGCUGACCUGCGCUACACUCCUCAGCACAAGUCCCUUUGCAUUCAGCUGCCCAACAUGAAGAACAUCAAACUGCCGGUCACUUUCUCCGGCGUUGUCUUCAGAGCUGUGGCCGAGAUCUGUAAAACACUCAACAUUAGAAGAACCGAAGAACUUUCUCUCCUGAAACCAACAGAUGAACCCAAGAAGAAAAAGAAAAAAGACAAAGGCACAGAUUUAGCCACUGAUGAGAUAUUAACCAUGGACAUAACUGGAGGAGCUCUGGGUAUGUACAGUAAAACCAUGACCCCGAUCUAUGACCCGGACAGCGGCUCACCUGUAUCCUCCACCAGUCUGUGGUACGGUGGGAGUCCGCUGACCGCCUGCCAACCAAACUUGCCACCAGAGGAGCUCGCCAAACUGUACAAACCUCUAACCAUGGAGGAUAAAGCAGCCAUUAAUGCUGGAUGGCUGGAUUCGUCUCGUUCGCUGAUGGAGCAGGGGAUUCAGGAAAAUGACAGACUCCUGCUGCGAUUCAAGUACCACUGCUUCUUUGACCUCAACCCAAAGUAUGAUGCGGUGAGAAUCACGCAGCUUUAUGAACAGGCCAGAUGGGCAAUCCUGCUGGAGGAGAUCGACUGCACUGAAGAGGAGAUGCUCAUGUUUGCAUCCCUACAGUAUCACAUCUGUAAACUGACCUUAUCGACGGAGCCACUGGACAAUUCAGAUGAGAAAGAGGUUGAUGAAGUGGAGGCUGCGCUUUCAAACUUAGAGACUCAUCUGGAAGGACGAAACGCUGAUAAGAUCCUGGAAGAUAUAACGGACAUUCCAAAAUUGGAGGAUACACUCAAACUGUUCAGGCCCAAGCGACUGACGUUAAAGCCGUAUAAGGAGUACUGGUUUGUUUUUAGGGACACCACCAUUUCUUAUUUUAAAAACAAAGAUUCUGCCAAUAAAGAGCCCAUUGAGCAGCUUCAUCUACGAGGAUGUGAGGUCAUUCCUGAUGUCAAUGUGACCGAGAGGAAAUUCGGCCUCAAGCUAUUAUUGCCCGCAGCUGAUGGGAUGAACGAGGUUUACAUUCGCUGCGAAAAUGAAACUCAGUACGCCAAGUGGAAAGCUGCCUGUAUUUUGGCAUCCAAAGGCAAGACGAUGGCCUACAGCUCGUACCGCACCGAGGUGAAGAACAUCCAGUCGUUCCUGCAGAUGAAGAGUCUCGCUCCUCCUCCCGGUCAAGCGGCACCUGAUGUAGAGUCCAUGGAGAUGAACCCCGAGUGCUUUGUUUCUCCGCGAUAUGCUAAGAAGUUCAAGACCAAACAGCUGACCACACGAAUCUUGGAGGCCCAUCACAAUAUUUCCCAGCUUUCCCUUAUGGAGGCUAAAAUGCGUUUCAUUCAAGCAUGGCAGUCUCUGCCCGAUUUUGGCAUCAAGUACUAUAUUGUCAGAUUCAGAGGAAGCAAGAAAGAUGAGCUGUUAGGCAUCUCCUACAACAGGUUGAUCCGCAUCGACAUGUCCACUGGUCUACCGGUGACCACCUGGAGGUUCUCCAACAUGAAACAGUGGAACGUCAACUGGGAGAUUCGACAGGUGACCAUUGAGUUUGACCAGAGUGUGUCGAUUGCGUUUUCCUGCCAGAGCUGCGACUGUAAGGUGGUUCACGAGUAUAUCGGAGGAUACAUUUUCCUCUCGACGCGCUCAAAAGACCAGAAUGAAACUCUAGAUGAAGAACUCUUCCACAAACUCACAGGAGGACAAGACUGACCUCAGAUCAGCAUGACCAUUUAAUAUAGUGUUUUUCUUCAUCUUUGCCUAAGUCCUUUUGUAUUUGUAAUAAGGCAAGUUAACACAAAAGAGAACAUAACUCCAUGUUUGCAUCUAAAACAAUACAUUUGUUGUUCUCUCUUGACAUUUUUA